AUGAGAUUAUCUCUAAUUAAGACGAAGUCUUCCGCCGGACAAACAAGCCAAGUCCGGCGCCGCCCCGUCAACCAGUGGCUACCGGAGGAACUACAGCUAGGAAUCUUGUCCAGGCUGCCGACCCCUGCCUCCAUCGCCCGAUUCCGCUGCGUCAGCAAGUCGUGGCGCCGCCUCCUUUCCGACGACCCCGAAUUCAUCGCCAAGAUCCUCUUCUCCGACGACGGUGACCUAAAAGGCGACGAGGAGGCUCAGGUUCUAACUCUCGACGCUUUUCAGGAGUCGUACUCCAUCCACUCCUGCGACACGCUCCGACCCGUAUCUUCGGGUCGGCUGCCCCGGGCGGAUACCGGGUUCCUUCCCCGCGUUGCUGGCUGCUCCGGCGGGAUCUUUUGCAUCACCGACUACAUAAACAAGGGGGAAAUCAUCCUGUGGAAUCCAACGACCUCAGAAGCAAAGGAAUUGAUGCCAAUUCCCUCCCUCUCUGUCUCUGAUGAUAUAGGAGAAGUCGGGUUCGGGUUCGACCCUGUAACAGAGGACUACAAGGUAAUCGUUUGGUUCUGGGAUCACAAAUCAACCCACGAGAUUUACGUCUACAGCCUAAGGAAAAACAAGUGGAGGCGCCUCCGCCACUAUGGGUCGGCGGCGGCGGCAGCGGCGCGUUUGCCUGCCGUCCCCGGCUAUCUAGUUGGUCCGGUGGCCUCUCGAGCUCCAAACUUGCAGAAUUGCCACUGGAUUAAUCCGUAUUAUCCUGAGUACCUUCCUCUCACUACCUUUGACAUGAGCAAGGAAGCGUUCACAGUACUGCGGCUGCCGGUGCCGCCUGUAGAACACCCGCGUGGGGCUACAAGUUCGUUUCACUUGGUGAAAGGCGGGUCGUCGUGCUUGGUCGCCGUUUACUCUGGAACCAGAACAAAGGCGACAUCCAGCAUCUUCUUGGAGGUUUGGGUGGCGCUGGACUACGAGGCGCUCGAGAGGAAGGAAUGCUCUUGGAUUAGGUUGUACGAUGUUGAGGUUCACGACCUGAUUCCUGCUGCUCGACCUUGGUUGCAAAGCGCUGCAGGGGUUUGGGAGCAUGGCAGGUUCUUCGUCCGGUGGUCCUGCGAAAAGGGUAAGAUUGAUAUAGACACAGAGAACGGGGCUGUUGAUCAUAAGUGGGAUCGCCGGUUCUUGGAACAUGUAGUUUAUGUUCCAUCCACGGUUUCUUUGGCUAGAAGGAAGAAAUCACUAAUACGAAGGGCAAAUGAUAAUUGUCGUUCUAUUUGUCGAACAGUUACUAUGCGAAGACGAGGGAGGAUUAUGUGA